CUGUUCAUGUGACGUCACUAGUUUGGAGGUGACCAUGGCUUACGUUUUUCGGCAUUCUAAAAGGGCUUUAAAUAGCUUAACAUGCCCUUCAAGAUACAUACACACGUCUCCUGCAGCAGCUCAAAAGGUUGCUAUGAGCAGGUUGGAGCCAGACCAGCACAUUGACUAUGACAGGAUUGCCCAGCGUGUAGACGUGGUCAAGAACCGACUCAGCAGACCUCUCACUCUCUCAGAGAAAAUCCUUUACGGGCAUAUUGAUGACCCGAAAAACCAGGAGAUUGUUCGAGGGGAGAGUUAUCUGCGGCUUCGACCAGACCGGGUUGCCAUGCAGGAUGCAACAGCGCAGAUGGCGCUGCUGCAGUUUAUCUCCAGUGGACUGCCAAGGGUGGCAGUGCCAUCCACUGUACACUGUGACCACUUGAUCGAGGCACAGAUUGGUGGAGAGAAGGAUCUUGCCAGAGCAAAGGAUUUAAACCGUGAAGUAUAUGACUUCCUGUCUUCUGUGAGUGCCAAAUAUGGUUUGGGAUUCUGGCAGCCUGGAAGUGGUAUAAUCCACCAGAUUAUCCUGGAGAAUUAUGCUUUCCCUGGAGCACUCAUUAUUGGUACUGACAGUCACACACCAAAUGGUGGGGGGCUUGGUGGACUGUGUAUUGGAGUAGGUGGGGCAGACGCCGUCGAUGUCAUGGCAGAUAUUCCAUGGGAACUCAAGUGUCCAAAGGUCAUCGGGGUGAACUUGACAGGGAAGAUGAGUGGCUGGACUUCACCCAAGGAUGUGAUCCUAAAGGUGGCGGGCAUCCUGACAGUGAAGGGGGGAACGGGCGCAAUUGUUGAAUACUACGGGCCUGGCGUUGACUCUAUCUCCUGUACAGGAAUGGGUACAAUCUGUAACAUGGGAGCUGAAAUUGGAGCAACAACAUCUGUGUUCCCAUAUAACUAUAGAAUGCAGGACUACCUCAAUGCUACAAACAGAAAAGAUAUUGCCGACUGUGCCAACCAGUAUAAGAACCUUCUGUCAGCGGACAAGGGGGCAAAGUAUGACCAGGUCAUCAACAUCAACCUAGACACACUUGAGCCCAGUGUUAAUGGUCCAUUCACACCAGAUCUAUACCACCCUAUCUCCAGCCUGCGACAGACAGCUAUAGACAAUGAUUGGCCACUUGACAUCAAAGUUGGUCUGAUCGGGAGCUGCACAAACAGUAGUUACGAGGACAUGGGUCGGUCGGCCAGUAUCGCCAAGCAGGCUCUGGCAAAGGGAGUGAAGUCCAAGGCUGCUUUUACCAUUACACCUGGCUCUGAGCAGAUCCGCGCAACCAUCGAGAGGGACGGACAGGCAGCAGCACUUCGAGAAAUUGGAGGUGUAGUGUUAGCCAAUGCUUGCGGUCCAUGCAUCGGCCAGUGGGACAGGAAGGAUGUUAAGAAGGGAGAGAAAAACACAAUUGUCACCUCAUACAAUCGCAACUUUACCGGGCGUAAUGAUGCCAACCCGGCCACCCACGCCUUUGUUACCUCUCCCGAGCUCGUCACUGCCAUGGCCAUUGCUGGAGACCUAGGCUUUAACCCAGAGGUUGAUGAAUUAACUGCUGCCGAUGGUUCCAAGUUCAAGCUUGAGAGCCCAUUUGGUGAUGAGCUGCCUGCAUCAGGGUUUGAUCCUGGCCAGAACACGUUCCAGGCUCCACCAGCAGACGGUAGUGGUGUUUCAGUAAAGGUGGAUCCGUCCAGCAACCGUCUCCAGCUUCUCGAGCCCUUCCAGAAGUAUGAUGGCAAAGACCUCAAGGACAUGCCUAUCCUCAUCAAGGCCAAGGGUAAAUGUACAACUGACCACAUCAGUGCAGCAGGCCAGUGGCUGAAAUAUCGUGGUCAUCUGGACAACAUCGCCAACAAUCUUCUCAUUGGUGCCGUGAAUGCAGAGAAUGGUGAGAUUAACAAUGUAAGAAACCAGCUCACCAAUGAAUUUGGCACAGUACCGGAGACAGGUAGAUACUACAAGUCUAAGAACACACCAUGGGUUGUGAUUGGUGACGAGAACUACGGCGAGGGGAGUAGUCGGGAGCAUGCCGCCCUGGAGCCACGACACCUGGGGGGACGCGCCAUCAUUGUGAAGAGUUUUGCUAGAAUUCAUGAAACGAACCUGAAGAAACAGGGAAUGUUGCCUCUUACAUUUGCUAACCCAGCUGACUAUGACAAGAUCCAGCCCUCUGACAGAAUAUCCCUACUGGGAUUAAAUGAUCUUGCUCCAGGAAAACCUCUGACGUGUGAGAUCAAGCACGCUGAUGGCAAGAAGGAGACAAUACAGCUGAACCACACCUUCAACGAGGGCCAGAUAACGUGGUUCCGUGCUGGCAGUGCACUCAACAGAAUGGCCGAACUCCGCAAAUGAACCAGCAACUAGACAUAGAACAUAUCAAUUGUAGCUAAAUACUUUAAACAGAAGUAGUGUUACUAUACAGAUAUGCGGGGGUGUUUUAAAACCUUUGGAUUAUUUAUGUUCACUUAAAUAUGUGAUACCAAAAGCUAAUGCCAGUUAUAUGUGACAAAUCAAAUGUUUGUACACUAAGAAAUAUAGUGUGUGUUUUUAUAAUGGCAUUUUUUGUGUGCUAUAAUAUAUUUCGAAAUUUUUAACCAGGUUUUAUCUGUAAAAAAACUUAGUGUAAUUCCAGGAAGUACUACUAGUCGGCCACAAUGGAGGGUAGUUGUAAAGAGACACUCCUUUGAUGUGUUUGUUGUGUACAAUUCCCUGCUGUGCUAUGAGAGUGAAUGCAUCUGUGGAUUUUCAAACAUAACAUUUUCGUUUAAAUGUUUGUUGAAUUUCUUUCUAAAUUACUGUGAAUAAAUGUUAAAUUUUU